GAGUAGUCACUACUACUACUUUCUCUCUAGCUAGCUUCAAGAAAAUAACACAAAGAAAGACACAAAAGUUAUCCAUUUUAUAGAGUUAUGGCUAUAGAAAUUGAACAAUCAUCUAGUGUUGGUUUAUCUAAAAUUGCAGUUUCUGAUACCCAUGGAGAAGAUUCUCCAUACUUUGCUGGUUGGAAGGCUUACGACGAAAACCCUUACGAUGAACUCAAGAACCCAAAUGGUGUCAUACAAAUGGGUUUAGCUGAAAAUCAAGUUUCAUUUGAUUUACUAGAAAAUUACUUGGAAAAACAUUCAGAAUCAUCUACUUUGAGACCAAGAAGCAGUGGAAUCUCUAGUUUUAGAGAGAACGCUUUGUUUCAAGAUUACCAUGGACUCUUAACUUUUCGAAAAGCAAUGGCGAGCUUCAUGGAAAGAAUUCGAGGUGGAAGAGCUAGAUUUGAUCCUGAAAGGGUUGUUCUUACGGCUGGUGCAACUGCAGCUAAUGAGUUGCUAACAUUCAUAUUAGCUGAUCCUGGUGAUGCUUUACUAGUUCCAACUCCAUACUAUCCAGGAUUCGAUAGAGAUUUAAGGUGGAGAACUGGUGUAAAAAUUGUACCUGUUCAUUGCGAUAGUUCAAACAAUUUCCAAGUAACUCCUAAAGCAUUAGAAGAAGCGUUCGAGAAAGCAACAUCUAUGAACAUUAAAGUCAGAGGAUUACUAAUGACAAACCCAUCAAACCCACUAGGUGCAUCAAUCCAACGAUCCGUCCUCGAGGAAAUUCUUGACUUCGUUACACGAAAAAACAUUCACCUUGUGUCGGACGAAAUCUAUUCUGGUUCAGUAUUUUCUUCGUCAGAGUUCAUAAGCAUUGCGGAAAUUCUCGAAGCUCGAAACUAUAAAGACGCGGAGAGGGUUCAUAUUGUCUAUAGUUUAUCAAAAGAUCUUGGAUUGCCCGGUUUUAGAAUCGGAACGAUUUAUUCGUAUAAUGAUAAAGUUGUGACAACUGCAAGAAGAAUGUCAAGUUUUAGUUUAAUAUCAUCCCAAACACAACACCAAUUGUCUUCAAUGUUAUUAGACACUGAGUUUACAGACAAUUACAUAAAAACAAAUAGAGAAAGAUUGAGGAAAAGAUACGAAAUGAUUAUCGGGGGAUUAAAGAAAGCCGGUAUCGAAUGUUUGAAAGGAAAUGCUGGAUUGUUUUGUUGGAUGAAUUUGAGUCCAUUAUUGAAGAAUAAUUCUACAAGAGAAGGUGAGUUAGAAUUAUGGGACUCAUUUCUGCAUGAAGUGAAGUUGAAUAUCUCUCCUGGAUCAUCUUGUCAUUGUUCCGAACCCGGUUGGUUUAGAGUUUGUUUUGCUAACAUGAGUGAACAGACAUUAGAUAUUGCACUCAAUAGAAUUUCUACAUUUAUGGAGAAAAGGAAAAACUAAGUAUAUAAUAUAGCU